AUGGUUUUUGAAGUUUUCACAAAUUUAUAUUCAAAUAAUGACAAUAUUGGACAAGUAGAGAACGAUCCUAUACAAGUCUCUAUUGAUAUAGAAUCGCCACCAUGCAUAUUGUACGGAUCUGUACAAGAAUCUUCAGGAUCUAUCUUGAGCGGUUUACUUAAUAUCAAUGUCAGAAAUCCGUAUCGAGAUAUUGAUUGCAUUUCCACACCAGACUUAUCGACGACGCUAACUAAUCUAUCACUCAAUAGUCAACAUUCAAUAACCACCGCAUCAAUUAAUCAUUCCUAUGAUAAUUCAUCAAGAUUAAAAACUAAUCAGAUCUUAUCUGGAUAUACUAAGAUCAAAUUUAAUUCAAUCACAUUAUCAUUAAUUCAGAAUAUUAUCAUAAAUAAACCNNUUUUAUUAGAUUCAGAAAAAAUUUCAAAAUGUUUGAACUGUAAUAUUAAAAAAACAGUUAUAAAAGAAUGGGAAAUACAAAAUAUGAGUCGGGAUUUCCAAGUUGGAAAUUAUCAAUUCCCAUUUUCAUAUUUAUUAGAUGGAUCAUUACCUGCUAGUGCAUGUUUAGGUUCUGGUGCUCAAAUUAUUAUCAAUUAUGAAUUAAUAGCUACAAUCAAUUAUCUUGAUCCAUGUCGUAAUCAUGAUACUUUUGGUGAGGAACAACUCUGUGAAUUAAGUUUGCCUAUUAUAAUUAAACGAGCGUAUACCCAUCACUCUAUGAGAACACCAGUAAGAGUAUUCCCACCAACAAAGAUGACUGCAUCUGCAUCAUUACCAAGUUAUGUUUCACCUAAAUCUACGUUCCCAUUAAAAUUAAGAAUAGAUGGUAUUACACAGGGGAAUAAAAGAUGGAAGAUGCGUAAAUUAUCAUGGAAGAUUGAAGAAAAGACUAAAUUUCGAGGAUAUGUUUGUUCUAAUCAUCGUUAUGAAUUAAAAAUAUUGGAAGAAAUGAUACGGAAACGAGAUGAAGAAUUGAAGAAGAAGCCCAAGAUGGAGAUUAAAAGAUAUGGUACAUUAACCCCGCAAGUGAAUGUUACACUUUGUGAAGGUAACAUGGGAAAUAAUAAUAAUAAUCCUGAACCAGUACGUUCGAAUCGAGUUGGAAUAGUUGAUGAUGAAGGCGAAGAAGAAGAAGAAGAAUUUUUUCAUCCCAAUGAUGAUGCAAUGAGAGAAGAAAUGGAGGAAACACAAGAACGACAACGGUUAGAAGAGAUCGAACAACAAAAACAAAGUGGAUCUAGUAUAUUUACCGAAGAAGUGAGAGUGUUAAAACAAGAUGAGAUGAAAUCUGGAUGGAAGAGUGAUUUCCAUGGAGAGGAAGGGUGUAUCAGUUUAAUGACUGAUCUCGAUAUAAUGGAUUUAGAUUCUGGCUUGACUAAUCCUAUCAAAUUUUGUAGUUCUAGCAAACCGAUGUAUACACCAGCCAUUAAACCUACUGGCAUUACUCCUGAUAUUCAAGAUCAUUCGUUGGGACUAUAUGUGACACAUAACUUAUCAUUAGAGAUCGUAGUAGCAGAGGAAGAAAUCCAAAUUGAGAAUGGAACAGAUGCUAAAAAUCCACGAAAACGUGAAGUGGAUCAACGAUUAGCAGAAAUUUCGCCAAUGUUUGCUAAUAGAGGAAAUCAACGUGGAAGAAAUGUGAAAGGCUCAAGGUUAGUAAGUGUACCGACUGGUGCGGCACGUGUAUUGACCAUGCAAUUCAAAUUACCAGUUUGUGAACGAAGUGGACUUGGUAUAUCAUGGGAAGAAGAAGUACCACCCAUGUAUCAAGACAUUAAAUUGUUAUCACCACCUGAAUAUGAAAACGUACCAGAGUAUAGUGAAGUGGUUGAUGAACGUUAUAAAUUGAGUCAUGUAUUGUCUCCUCCUCCUAUGGCACGUCAUUCCAAUCGAGGAUGA